AAUAAUAAGAGAUUGAAAGUUCAUUGCUUAUCUAAAGUCAUAUGACUUUUAAGGAGAAGAAACAUGGAUUCCAUAUAUCCGUUGUUUUGUUUGUGUAUUUCCUCUUUGGUGUGUCUGCUAUCUUGUACAUUUGUACACGUGACAAAGGAGCCAUUUUUAUCUACGGCAUGGCAAUACAAAUACGAUCCAAGUACGGGUGUUGCUGCAAUGAAGAAUAGCUAUAGACCAACCCCAAACGACACUUGUCACGUGUACAAAUUAACAGACGAACAGAGACAAGACAUACAUACAAUGGCCGGGGAAUUUAAGAUAGAGAUAAUGAUGUAUCAAGCUGUCUUGACACAACACGGAGAAACGAUGACAGCACAGGAAUUAAACAAAACAAGUUUUUACAUCUGGAGAUACUGUUCACAUCAGCUAAAAUUUAUGAAAUAUAAUUUUUAUACAUGAAUCACCUAAAUAAAAUUCUGAUGUAUUUUAUUUUUAAAUGGUACAGGUGAA